CUUCCAAACAUCCUCUUCCACCUCGCCGCAAUGUCUAACGAAACAAACCUCCCUCUACCGCAGUUCUAUGCGCGCACACUGCACAGUAUUCUCCCGGUUCUCGAUGGCUCCCUCCCCCCGAUGGAGGAGAGCACGCAGACGCAGCUUCAGCGGGGCAUCGACGACCUGUACCUCGUCGGGCGCAUGCUCUCCUCUCUCGGCGUGUUCAGCGACAAUGAGCGCCUGGACGAGGUGGGCGACAAGCAACUCGUCUUCAUGACCGUGGGCUGGGUGCUCGGCGAAGCCGAGACACGGCAAGGUUUCAGCGGGCCUGACAAGCGCAAGGCGGCGCUCGAGCGCUCCGACACGGCGUUCAACGCAUUCCUCGGCGUGCUCGACACAUACAAGGUCGUGCCGGAAGGCGAGACGUCCCGCGGGCUGCCCGCUGAUGCCGGGCGGCGGCGUGAAGCCAAGAUUGCCGCACACCGCCGUUCGAAAGAGCUGCGCGAGAAAUUGCGCUCCUCCCUCCCCGGACCUGUGGACGCGAGCGACCACCCCAUCGCGUUCAUCCUCGCCCUCCUCCCCUCCGCCAAGCUGUCGAGCACAUCGGUGAACGACGAGGAGGCCGAGACGCGCGCCCCCACCCUCCUCCUCCUGCGUCUGCUGGCCGACUUGGCCGUGAGCAGCCUCGGCAACAACGCGAUGGAGCUGGAGAUUCUGGCGCAAGCACCGGCAGACCCGACCGAGGGCCCGCUGGCGGACCCGCGCCGCCGCCGCACCGAAGAGGAGGACAGCACAUGGCGCCUGGACCGUGCGCCAGGGCAGUAUAAGCCGCGCGAGCUGAUUUCGGGCGGCGGCCGCGUGCUGCGCCCAUUCACGAUUUUGCCGAGCACAAGCGCGAUGAGCGACCGCGAGCGCCUGCGCGCCGACGUGUUCCGCUCCGGCCAUAGGCUGCCGACGAUGACGAUCGACGAGUAUCUCGAGGAAGAGGACCGGCGGGGUAACAUUAUCCGCGGGGGAGGACAGGCGAGUUAUGAUGCGCCGACCGAGUCGGAGCUGCUCGAGCUCGAGACGGAGAACGACGGGACGAUGGCUGCUGAAGAGGCGGCGGAGAAGAAGCGCGCAAAGGACGAGAACUGGGCUCGGUUCACGGACGAUAACAAGAAGGGCGAGGGGAACAGGAUGAACAAGGGCUAGGAGGAUGCAUUGUCUCAGCGUGCGGUGCUGCGUAGUGAGGACCGCGGUCCAAUGUAGAAUGCGCGACAUGGCGGAUGGGGUUGAUUGCCAUUUAGGCUUGCCCACUUGAGCGCUCAUCUCCCGCGACGCCCAAGACUCCCCUAGAAAGAUCUUGUGCCAAGUACAAAGUAGCCAAGUAGAGCGGGAUCUAGUGCAAAUUGCAGUCUCCGGAUCUGCGGCCAUCUUAAAUGCGCUGGUGCCAGAUACCAGGAGCCAGGACCAUCGUGCCAUGUCUCCGUUGCCAUGCUCCCUGCCGCUGGCCACUGCUGCAGCUCAUCGAUGACUACUGCCCUGCCCACAUCAUCAGCUAAACGAGCCGAAGCAGGAGCUAAUAUGCCAGGGCGAGACAGGCACUUGCUCAAUGACGCGCGGCGUCCAGCCUCCAGCCUCCAGCCUCCAACGCUCCGGUGAAGCCAAAGAGCCGACGUGGAAUAGUGGAUGGAGAUGCAUUGAUUGUAUGG